CAUUAGAAGGCGGGCUCUUGAUUUGCUGUAUGGCAUGUGUGAUGUUACAAAUGCAAAGGAAAUUGUUGAGGAGUUGUUGCAGUAUCUUAACACAGCUGAAUUUGCAAUGCGUGAAGAGCUGGCUCUGAAGGCAGCCAUUCUUGCAGAGAAGUUUGCUCCAAAUCUUUCAUGGUAUGUUGAUGUUAUACUUCAGUUGAUAGACAAAGCGGGAGAUUUUGUAAGUGAUGAUAUAUGGUAUCGAGUGGUGCAAUUUGUCACCAACAAUGAGGAUCUUCAGGCAUAUGCUGCAGCUAAGGCGAGGGAAUACCUUGACAAGCCUGCUUUGCAUGAGACCAUGGUCAAGGUCAGUGCUUACCUUCUUGGAGAGUAUGGCCACCUUUUGGCCCAAAGACCUAGUUGUAGCCCCAAGGAGUUGUUUACCAUUAUAAAUGACAGGCUUCCAACAGUAUCGUCAAGUACUGUUGCCAUUAUUAUCUCAGCCUAUGCCAAGAUACUUAUGCACACUCAGCCUCCUGAUGCGGGACUGCAGCAACAAAUCCUGACAAUAUUUAAAAAGCAUGAAAGUUAUAUCGAUGUUGAAAUUCAGCAGAGAGCAGUUGAAUAUUUUGAACUAAGCAGAAAGGGUCCUGCUUUGGCUGAUGUAUUGGCUGAAAUGCCAAAAUUUCCUGAACGUGAGUCUGCUCUGUUGAAAAAGGCUGAAGAUGCUGAAGUUGACACAGCAGAGCAGAGUGCCAUAAAACUACGAAGUCAGCAACAAUCAUCCAGUGCUAUUGUUGUAGCUGCUCAGCCCCCUGUAAACGGACCAGCACCAGCUGCUAAUCAUCUAACUCUUGUGAAGAUGCCAAGUCAAAACAUUGCUGAAGAGAGCAAUGUCAGUCAUGAAGAAACAGCGGUAGAAGCUCCAAAAGAAAAUGGUGCUCCCGUCGAAGUUCAGAGAAAUGUCGAGAUCAUCACUGAGCCCGCUCCUGUUAGUAAAGUUGAGCCUCCUGCAUCUCGUCCUGCUUCUCAAGCAGACCUCCUUGCAGACCUUUUGGGCCCUCUUGCAAUAGAGGGUCCUCCUGCUGCUGUAGAGCAAAUUCCUGCUCAAGGAUUGGAGGCUAAUCAAAGUCCAGUAGGUGACUUGGCACUAGCUACCCUUGAGGACCAGUCCAACUCUGUUCAGCCAAUUGUCAAUGUGGAGGAGAAGUUUAAUAUAUUGUGCACGAAAGAUAGUGGAGUUCUGUAUGAGGAUCCUAACAUCCAGAUUGGUUUAAAAGCAGAGUGGCGGGCCCAUCAUGGUCGUCUUAUUCUUUUCCUGGGGAAUAAAAAUACUUCGCCCCUUUUGUCAUUGAGGGCUUUGAUUUUGCCUCCUAGCCAUUUUAAAGUGGAACUCUCGUCAGUACCUGAUACUAUUCCUCCUAGAGCACAGGUGCAAAUCCCAGUCGAGGUUACAAAUCUCCGCGCGAGUAGAGAUGUUGCUGUUCUUGAUUUCUCAUAUAAACAUGGAGCUGCACUGGUGAACGCUAAACUUCGACUUCCUAUUCUGUUGCAUAAAUUCUUGCAACCUAUAACUCUUUCCCCUGAAGAUUUUUUCGCCCAUUGGAAAACAUGGAAUGUUCAGUCACUCAAGGUUCAAGAAGUGGUUAGAGGUGUAAAACCAUUACCUAUUCCUGAGAUGGCUAGCCUUCUCUUGAGCCUUCACCUGGCAGUUACUCCUGGACUUGAUACCAACCCGAACAACAUGGUGGCAUGUGCUACAUUCUUUUCGGAAACAACCAAUGCCGCGCUUUGUCUGGUGAGAGUUGAAACAGAUCCCCAAGACAGAAGUCAGCUCCGGCUAACAGUUGCAUCAGGAGAUCAAAACCUGACAUUCGAGUUGAAGGAGUAUAUCAAGGAACAUUUGAUCGACAUCCCGAGGGCUCGAGUGGCCCCCCCUCCCACUCCACAACAACCACAGCUGCCUCCAGCAGCGGUGCCGGCGACAACAUAUAACGACCCUGGUGCCAUGCUAGCUGGGUUGCUAUGAAACCAGACGAUGCUGGCAGACGUACAUUGCAGUAGUUUUUCAUCUAACACCGCCCAGAAGCUUCCAUCUUGCCACCAAGACGAUGAAGCGCUGUCGAAGGUAUGAUAAUGACUGGGCGGGAAGGAAGGGGCUGGCGGGGUGGGUUCUCCUUGCUGCACCGGAGAGGAGAGAAAAGGAAGCACUGUAUUGUAUUCUUUUGGGCCCUUAGUAGCAUCGAUCGAUGGAUCAUAAUUUGUGUUUGCCAUAGUGUGUAAUCGUGCUUCUCUUGUUCCUUGAGAUGUAUCCUACUACUACUACUACUAGUACAGUAAGUACCUGGGAAGGAAGUGGAUUGGUGGUGGUGAAGAUGACUUGACAUGUGUAGCUUUUUUGUGUGGUCGUGCGAGUGUUUAUAUAAAGAAAAAGGUUGUUAGGUUUGCUGCCAACCAAAGGCAUCCUGGCCGAUGAUGA